AUGGAUACAUUAGAUAACAAUGCUCUCACAUCUAUUUUGGAUAGGAUUAGGUGUCUUGAAGAGGAAUUGGCAAAGACAAAGGCACACAAUGUAAUCUUGGAAGACAAACUGGCCAAACUCAGUGACAAGGUGGACACACACGAUUUGCUACUCAUCAAUAAUGGAAGUCCAAAAGUCAUCCAAUCAGAAUCAUCACCAUCUCCAAUGUUGAUCACUGGUCAAAAGAACAAUGCUGCAUCAUCACAACAACCAUCAUAUACUCCUGCUUCACCUCCUCCUUUAGUCGUUUCCAAACUGCCCCAGCAGCAGCAACAACAACAACAAUCAUUUGUACAUCAAACUCAGUUCCAGGCCAACACGAAUGCCACAGAGGCACACCCAACAUCGCCAAGCCCAAGGAUAUCUCCACUAUCACCACUACCAUCGGAGAGUCAGAAUGCAACACCAGAGUCACAAUCACCGGUACUGGCCCCACAACAGAGUCACACACCACCCGAACCAUCAUCACCAACAAUCAAGGAGUCAGCUGCUCAGAACUUGUUCAAACGUAUCAUCCCUGCACUCCGUGCCAAGAAGGAGCCGUCAAUGGAUAAUAUGGGACUAUAUGCACCACCCUCCACACCAAAGUUGUCCAAGCGCUCAUCAAACAACUAUGACGAAGAGGUCAAAGGAGCUGGCAACGACAUCACACAUUCUCAGAUACUCAAGUUCCAAAUGCCAGACCUGCCAGAGAACUGUGAGUGGGCCGUCGUUUGGGAAUACAGUGGUGGCGAUGAUGAGUGGACAAGAGGCGUGGUCGCAGUGCAAAUGGAACCAAAGGCAUUCGCCUCGGGCGCACUGAGGAAUGCACAUAAGCUGCACAUUCGCAAGAACCCAGUCAUUUAUUCACAAGGAUUCAACAGGAUGCAACACAUCAAGUACGAGGAGAACAAGAGAAUGAACAAUAUGAAGUUGCCACGACUGUUUGGACCAGCCAACUCUGCUUAUGUUGCCAAGAUAUCAAAGACUGAGGUGUCGGCCGAGAGAUACUUUGAGGACGUCAAGAUGCAGAUGAUCUGCAAAGACUUUAGCCAACGCUAUAAUGAGAACAAUCCACCAAAGAACAUUGACUUCUUGUCGGCAUGGGUCAUCGAGAUACAGAAGGCCAAUGGCGAUACACUACUCUGCGGCCUCGAGAUGUUCAUGGCUGGCGAGUUCAAGAAACAGAACUCAAACUUUGGCUCGGUCUUUGGAGACAGGAACACUCCACAGGCAUUCAGCCACUUCACACACGAGGCCUCUGCACACCAAUUGAUCGUCAUUGACAUCCAAGGUGUGGACGAUCACUACACUGAUCCACAGAUUCAUACAAAGGACGGCGUGGGCUAUGGCGCCGGCAACCUUGGCGAGAAGGGCAUCGAGAAGUUCCUCAAGUCACACAAGUGCAAUCCUAUAUGUAUUCAAUUGGACCUGCCGCCAAUUGGAGUUGACCUCGCAGAUAGCAGGAACAUCACAAGAGUCAUCAGAGGUACCAUGGCCCUACCAGACCUCAUUCCAGACUUGGACCAGUCUGGCCAUGUUACCCUAGCCGCACCCAAUAACGUGACAUCGAGCGAGAUGGUAACUUUGGGCAACCUAGCUGGACACACUGAGAGAAUCACAUCAUUGGUGGUGACCAAUGAUGGCACAAGGCAGUUGUUCUCUGGUGCUGCAGAUGGAACAAUGAAGAUUUGGAACCUGGACACACUUCAAUGUCUGGACACUAUCAAAGCACAUCGAAAGGCCAUCACGGCUAUCUGCUACAAUCAGGACAAUAUAUUCACAUCGUCACUGGAUCAGACCAUCAGAGUAUGGGAUCGUAAGACCAAUGAUAAUAAGGCCAAGCUGGAAGAGCAUACCGGUGAGGUCAACUACAUAUGUAUAUCGAACGAGAGGAAUCAAUUAUAUAGCUGUUCAUUCGACAAGUCAAUUAGAAUAUGGGACUUGGCAACACUCAAGUGUGUCAAGGUGCUCACGGCUCACUCCAAGAGCGUCAAGUCAUUGGUGAUCUCUGGAAAGUAUAUGUUUAGUGCGUCAAAUGAUGAGACGAUCAAGGUCUGGGACUUGGACAUGUUGGUGUGUAUAUAUGGUGUUAGCGAUGCUCAUGAAGGCUGGAUCACAUCCCUUGCCCUACACAAUGGCCUGGGUGCCAUGAUAUCGGGCAGUCGCGACGGUACCCUCAAGCUCUGGUCACUGUCAACACUGAUCGCACAGUCCACACAUGAGGACAACCAUGAAGUGAUCUGUGACAUACUUGUUACCGAUCGUUAUGUAAUAGUUGCAUCAGAGGACACGACAAUCAAGAUAUGGGACACUGUUGAUGUUGCCAGUGGUGGAACACUCAAGUGCGUGUACAGCAUAAAGGCACAUCGUUCAGCAACAUGUGCACUGGCAACCGAUGGCACACGACUAUUCAGUGGCGGUGGCGACAACAGCAUCAAGUAUUGGAGCUGGAAAGAUAAAUAA